AUGAUGCAGCCAAGCUCUGCACUUCUGCUCGUGGCAUCGCUUCUGGCGGCUUCGUCCGUUAACGCAGAUGGACUGUACACUAAAAAGUCUCCUGUUUUGCAGGUUACUCAGAAGACCUAUGACCAGCUGAUUGCUAACUCUAAUUACACAUCGAUCGUAGAAUUCUAUGCUCCUUGGUGUGGCCAUUGCCAGAACCUCAAACCUGCAUACGAAAAGGCAGCCAAGAACCUGGAGGGACUGGCCAAGGUAGCGGCUGUGAACUGCGAUGACGAUGCCAACAAGCCUUUGUGUGGUCGGAUGGGCGUACAGGGUUUCCCAACUCUGAAGAUCGUCACUCCUUCCAAGAGACCCGGCAAGCCAAAAGUGGAGGAUUACCAGGGAGCAAGAAGCGCAAAGGCGAUCGUCGAUGCUGUUGUGGACCGAAUCCCGAAUCAUGUGAAGAGGGUCACGGACAAGGAUUUGGAUCAGUGGCUCUCCGAGGACCAGGAGUCUCCCAAGGCUGUUCUGUUUACUGAGAAAGGUACUACGAGUGCCCUCCUCAAGGCCGUCGCCAUUGAGUUCCUCGGCUCCAUCAAGGUCGGCCAGAUUCGCAACAAGGAAUCCAAGGCCGUGGAGAAAUUUGGUGUCAAGGAAUUUCCUACCCUCGUCCUAGUCCCUGGCGGCGAUAAGGAGCCCAUCAUCUACGAUGGCGAACUCAAGAAACAAGCCAUCGUCGAGUUCCUCAGCCAAGUCGCAGCUCCUAACCCCGACCCGGCCCCCGCCUCAACCGACGCCAAAUCCUCCAAGGCCACCAAGUCCGCUAAGUCGCCCAAAUCCUCCACUAUCCUCAGUGAAGAAGCCGAAAACUUGAAACCUACCGCAUCCCCCGACCCAAAGGUCGUCCCUGAUGACGCCACAGAGUCAAAGCCCGCCCAGGUCCCGAUCCAGGCACCACCCAUCCCCGUACUCCCUACGGCAGAGGAACUCGAAGCCGCCUGCCUAAAGCCUACAUCUGGUACCUGCGUUCUAGCACUUCUCCCUGAACCCCGCGAAGGGGAUGCAGACGUGUCCAGUCCCGCGAAGGAGGCGCUAACCAGUCUAUCGGAGAUCGCGCACAAGCACGCCCAGCGCAAGAGCAAGCUUUUCCCGUUCUACAGUAUUCCCGCUAUCAACAGCGGGGCCAAGACUCUACGGGCUGGGCUGGGAUUGUCCGAGGACCAGACCUCAGUCGAGAUCAUUGCUCUGAAUGGACGCAGAGGCUGGUGGAGGCGCUACGACGCGUCGGAGGCUCAGGAUUAUGGCGCCGUGUCUGUGGAGGCGUGGAUCGACGCCAUAAGACUGGGUGAGGGGUCGAAGAGCAAGUUGCCAGAUGGUGUUAUUGUCGAGCAGAAGGAGGAGGGUGAUGUAGAGGCCAAAAAAGACGCUGAUAAAGAGAAGGGUGACCAUGAUGAGUUGUAA